GGUCAUGGUCAGUCACCACUCCAGCUCCCGUCGCCCGUCGGUACUCCUACUCCUACUCCUAGGCGGGCGAGUAUAGCAGUGUGAUGUGCCAUCCAUCCAUCGUUGAUCGUUGGCUGGGCUGGCAUAGUGAUGGGUGAGUGGGUUGCGGUGGACUGGUGGUGACAGUGAGCUGCAAACCUUGGACAUGAAUUGAGGGGCACCCAUCUUUUCCUGUCCAUGUCUGUCCGAGUGAUGGAUGGAUGGAUGGAUUGAUUGAUGUGUGAUGCCUCACUAGCUCAGCUCCCCUCCGCUUUGUGGCAAAUCGCAUCAGCAACAGGGACCUCCUCUCCUCUCCUCUCCUCUGGUGUGACUAUUUGUUGCGAUUUUUCUUCCACCUCCCCUCUUUCUCUUUCCAUAUCCUCCUGCUGUCUCCUCCUUCCUUGGUUCUGGUCUCACCAACACACACACACACAGAGUCAGAGAGAGUGAGAAUCAAAGAAGAAGAAGAUGGAGAGGAGGAGGAAGGCAAUGUGGCUGUACCCGAAGGUGGUCGGCUUCAACCCUCCCGAGAGAUGGGGGCACUCCGCCUGCUUCUUCGAGGGAGUCAUUUACGUCUUCGGGGGAUGCUGCGGCGGCCUGCAUUUCAGCGACGUGCUCACCCUCAACCUGGACACAAUGGCGUGGAGCUCCCUGGCGACCAAGGGGCAGAGGCCCGGGACACGGGACAGCCACGGCGCCGCGCUCAUCGGCCACCGGAUGCUCGUCUUCGGCGGCACCAACGGCAACAAGAAGGUGAACGACCUUCACGUGCUGGACCUACGCACCAAGGAGUGGAGCAGGCCUCCCUGCAAGGGGACCCCGCCCUCGCCAAGGGAGAGCCACACCGUCACCACGGCGGCCGGCGGCGACAAGCUGGUGGUCUUCGGCGGGAGCGGGGAAGGGGAGGGGAACUACCUCAACGACGUGCACGUGCUGGACCUGCCCACCAUGACGUGGACGUCGCCACAGGUCGCCGGCGAGGUCGUCCCCGCGCCCAGGGACAGCCACGGGGCCGUCACGGUCGGCAACAGGCUCUUCGUCUAUGGAGGGGACUGCGGAGACCGCUACCACGGCGAGGUGGACGUGCUCGACAUGGACACCAUGGCAUGGUCAAGGUUUUCAGUAAAAGGAGCCUCACCUGGUGUCCGGGCAGGUCAUGCAGCCCUUGGCAUUGGAUCUAAGAUCUAUGUAAUUGGAGGAGUUGGUGAUAAGCAAUACUACAGUGAUGCAUGGAUUCUUGAUGUGGUUGAUCGGUCUUGGACUCAACUUGAGACGUGCGGGCAGCAACCCCAGGGCCGGUUUUCUCAUUCAGCAGUCAUCAUGAAUACUGAUAUUGCAAUCUAUGGAGGAUGCGGUGAAGAUGAACGGCCCCUGAAUGAGCUACUCGUUCUGCAAUUAGGCUCCGGGCAUCCAAAUGGCCGAUACAACAUCUCAAUGUGCAAGAUUUUGAGCAACCACUGGAGUGAGGAGAAGCGCAAGCUGUUGAGAGCACAACACUAUGCAAACACAUACUAUACACAAUAUGGUAUGGUACUACAGCACAAGGAUGCAAGUGCAAGCAACGGGGAACUCGGUCAUAAACCUCGAGAAGCAGAAAUUGAGCAAAGAAACCCUUUCCUCCGUGGUCUAGAAAAUGGGCAUGUGAAAAGAAGAAAAACUGGAGAUGCUGGUCCAAAUGAGAUGGAGUUGGAGCAGGAGGAGCACUCACUAUCGCUGUCCCAGCAUUCGUCCCCUUCCCAGUCCGAAAAAGAUCAGGAGCAGAAUGGAGCUCAGAUGAUUUCAGGCGGGUUAAUCUCAUCAGCAAUGCAACCGUUGGUUCGUCUCAACGCCAACGGUUCUCGAAGGACCAGCGGAGGCAUCAAGACUGACCAGUUUCUCCGCGGCAUUGCUCCGCAGCAACGACACGAAAUGCAGUUCCUAACAGCUGAGCCUAAGCAGCAGCACAGGCCAUCCGGUCCACCUCUUAUUGGAGCUGAGGUUCAUGGGACGGUUGAUGGAGCUUUCGACUCGGGGUAUCUCGUCACAGCCGUCGUCAGUGGGCAGCUUUUCAGAGGCGUUCUGUUCGCUCCUGGACCUGGAGUAACAGCACCAAGACCUGUAAUGCAGCAUCAGAUUCUCAAUAGCUCGGCGAUUCCUCCCCAGCACCAGCACGCCCGACCGCUGCCGCAGGCCACAGGCUUUGUACGGCCUGACUACAGUCACCAUGCUCGGCGUGGCUUCCCGGCCAGAGUUGUCAAGUCCGAGCCGGAGAGGAGCGGCAGUGACCUUCACCAUGUUGUGCUCACGCUCGGAGGCCCAGGAGGGGGCAACUGACCCUAUUUUCGGAAACACUUUGAGAUCCUGCUCCUCGCAUUCGUCUGCUGAACUUGCUCUGUAAAAUAUGUUCUACUAGUUGAGCAAAAUAAGCCUUCCUGGUUCUAGGAUUUCUGCGACGGCGGCUCUUAUGUGUAGUGUUAGACCAACUCUAGCACAGUCGUCAUAUGGCCCGGAUCACCAUAAUAAUCGUAUCAAUACGGAUGAUUUUGGCUGGAAA